AGUACAGAGUCUCAGAGGAGAGCUGAGGAGGAGAGGAGCAGCACGUCACCGGGGAACCACGUGCAGAGGGCAUGGAUCGAAAGGACGUUUUGCAAAAGAGAAUGUGUCCAUAUAUUUCCCAGCAAAGAUCCAGCCAGAUGCGCAUGCGGUCAGAUCAGUACUCAGCACGUGGCCAUCCCUCCGGGUGCCACCUCUCUGGAGGAGCACAGCGCCGCCCACAUUGACGCCUCCAAAGACAAGUGGUCAGUGGUGAAGCACACGCGCACCUACCCCACCGACGCAUACGGCAUCAUCGAGUUCCAGGGCGGAGGCUUCGUCAACAAGGCCCUGUACAUCCGCUGCUCCUUUGACACCAAACCAGACAACCUCCUCCACCUGAUGGUGAAGGACUGGCAGCUGGAGCUCCCCACACUGCUCAUCUCAGUCCAUGGGGGUCUGCAGAACUUUGACCUCCAGCCCAAACUCAAGCAGGUCUUUGGAAAGGGUCUGAUCAAAGCGGCAGUGACCACGGGAGCAUGGAUCUUCACGGGAGGAGUCAACACUGGUGUGAUCCGCCAUGUUGGAGACGCUUUGAAAGACCACUCUUCAAAGUCCCGAGGGAAAGUCUGUGCCAUCGGGAUCGCUCCUUGGGGAAUCCUGGAAAACAAAGAAGACCUUCUGGGAAAAGAUGUUACAAGACCAUAUCAGACUAUGGCUAACCCGCUCAGUAAGCUAGCAGUGCUAAACAACAGCCACUCCCACUUCAUCUUGACGGAUAAUGGCACCUGUGGGAAGUACGGCUCAGAGGUGAAACUGCGCCGCCUGCUGGAGAAACACAUCUCGCUGCAGAAGAUCAACACACGUCUGGGGCAGGGGGUCCCUCUGGUGUGUCUGAUUGUGGAGGGGGGUCCCAAUGUGAUCUCCAUAGCGCUGGAGAGCCUGCGCGACGAGCCGCCCGUCCCUGUGGUGGUGUGCGACGGCAGUGGGCGCGCCUCCGACAUCAUCUCCUUUGCUCACAAGUUCUCAGAGGAAGGAGGUCUUGUCAACGAUGACGUCCGAGACCAGCUCCUUGUGACGAUUCAGAAAACCUUUAACUAUGGCAAAAGUCAGUCCCAACAGAUUCUGCUCAUGGUUAUGGAGUGUAUGAAGAAAAGAGAGCUGAUCACAGUGUUUCGAAUGGGUUCAGAAGGACAGCAGGACAUCGAGAUGGCCAUUCUGACGGCUUUGUUAAAAGGUACAAACGCCUCAGCUCCAGACCAGCUGAGUCUGGCUCUGGCCUGGAACAGAGUGGACAUCGCUCGGAAUCACAUUUUUGUUUAUGGUCAUCAUCUGCCACCUGCAGGGGCCCUUGCCAACACGACCACAGCAGCAGCUCCACAAGACAAGACGAGUCCUGCCAGCGCCCCACAAAACAAGGCCCGAGCCAAGAAAGGCAAAGGCAAAGGCAAAGCCAAACCAGAGCCACCGGAGGAGACCGACCCGCGGAAACUCGAGCUGAUCCGCUGGGUGAACUCUCUGGAGCAGGCCAUGAUGGACGCUCUGGUCCUGGACAGAGUGGACUUUGUGAAGCUGCUUUUGGAAAAUGGGGUCAACAUUCACCACUUCCUGACCAUCCCCAGACUGGAAGAGCUCUACAACACAAAACUGGGUCCAGCGAACACUUUGCAUCCUGUGGUACGAGAUGUAAAAAAGGGAAAUCUUCCUCCAGAUUAUCAGAUCACGCUGAUCGACAUCGGGCUGGUCCUCGAGUAUCUGAUGGGCGGAGCCUACAGGAGCAAGUACACGCGAAAGGCUUUCAGAAACCUCUACAACACACUCUAUGGUCUAAAGAGGCCCAAAGCACUCAAGCUUUUAGGAAUGGAGGAUGACGAGCCUCGAACGAAGGGGAAAAAAAAGCCAAAGAAGAAAAAAGAGGAGGAGGUGGAGGUCGACGUGGACGAUCCAGAGGUGUGUCGGUUCAAGUUCCCCUUUCAUGAGCUGAUGCUGUGGGCAGUGCUCAUGAAGAGACAGAAGAUGGCGCUGUUUCUGUGGCAGCGUGGAGAGGAGGCCAUGGCCAAAGCUCUGGUGGCCUGUAAACUGUACAAAGCCAUGGCCCACGAGUGUUCUGAGAGCGAGCUGGUGGAUGACAUCUCCCAAGACCUCGAGAACAACUCCAGAGAGUUUGGGCAGCUGGCAUAUGAGUUGCUGGACCAGUCGUACAAACGCGACGAGCAGGUGGCCAUGAAGCUGCUGACCUAUGAACUGGUCAACUGGAGCAAUUCCACCUGUCUGAAACUGGCCGUCGCAGCCAAACAGAGGGACUUCAUCGCCCACACCUGCAGCCAGAUGCUACUCACUGAUAUGUGGAUGGGCUGUCUGCGAAUCGGCAAGAACCCCGGCCUCAAGGUUAUUCUGGGAAUCAUUUUCCCUCCUCUGAUCCUGCUGCUGGACUUCCGAGUUGGAGAUGACGCAUAUCAGGCAUCAGGGACCGACGACGGGAAGGACAAGGACGACGAUGCCAAAUCCGGAAAGGAACCUGCGGAUGCCACUUCCAGAAGAGGAGAUGAGGAGGAAGGCAGCGCCAAAGUCCGCAAAAUCCCGAUUGCCAGAAGAUACUUUGAGUUUUAUGAUGCUCCCUUCACCAAGUUCUGGUUCAACACUAUCUCAUACCUGGGAUACUUGAUGUUAUAUAACUACAUUAUCCUGGUGAAAAUGGAGCGAUGGCCUUCGAUUCAGGAGUGGAUCGUCAUCGCGUACAUCCUCACACUGGGAACAGAAAAAGUCCGACAGAUCCUAAUGUCGGAGCCGGGGAAGCUGAAGCAGAAGGUGAGUGUGUGGAUGGAGGAGUACUGGAACAUCACAGACCUGGUGGCCAUCUGCACGUUCCUCCUGGGCCUGAUGCUCCGCCUCCAGCCCGAGCCAUAUAUGGGCUAUGGCCGUGUUAUCUACUGCAUCGACAUCAUCUUCUGGUACAUCCGUGUCCUCGACAUCUUCGGAGUCAACAAGUAUCUGGGGCCUUACGUCAUGAUGAUCGGCAAAAUGAUGAUCGAUAUGAUGUACUUCGUGGUCAUAAUGCUGGUGGUGCUCAUGAGUUUUGGGGUGGCAAGGCAGGCCAUCCUCCACCCGGACGAGGAGCCAACAUGGCGUCUGGCUCGAAACAUCUUCUACAUGCCAUACUGGAUGAUCUAUGGGGAGGUUUUUGCAGACUCGAUAGACCUCUACGCCAUGGAAAUCAACCCCCCUUGUGGUGAGCACCUGUAUGACGAGGAUGGGAAGAAGCUGCCUCCGUGUAUACCUGGGGCCUGGCUCACUCCUGCCAUCAUGGCCUGUUACCUGCUGGUGGCCAAUAUCCUCCUGGUGAACCUGCUCAUUGCCGUCUUCAACAACACAUUCUUUGAGGUGAAGUCCAUCUCAAACCAGGUUUGGAAGUUCCAGAGGUAUCAGCUGAUCAUGACGUUCCACGACCGGCCCAUUCUUCCUCCUCCUCUCAUCAUCCUCAGUCACCUGUACAUCCUCCAGAGCCGCCUGUUCAAGCGCUGCGCCAAGAAGAAACAGGAGGGGGAGCUAGAUGAGAAGGACCGCGGCCUCAAGCUGAGGCUGAAUCCUGAAGAGCUGAAAAACCUGUAUGAGUUUGAGGAGCAGUGUGUGGAGGAGUACUUCAGGGAGAAGGAGGAUGAGCAGCAGUCAUCCAGCGAUGAACGCAUCAAAGUCACGUCAGAGCGAGUGGAGAACAUGUCCAUGCGUUUGGAGGAGGUGAACGAGAGGGAGAACACGAUGAAGGCCUCCCUGCAGACUGUGGACCUACGCCUGGCUCAGCUGGAGGAGAUCCAUGGGAGAAUGGCCGUGGCUCUGGAGAAGCUGGCGGGAGUGGACAAACUGGAGCUCACUCGAAGUUACUCCCGCAACUCCUCUGUGUGUGACCCCUCGUCCCUCCUCCGCCAAGGCAGUGUGAACAGCGCAGAUGGAUAUAGUCUGUACCGCUUCCACAUGGACAUGGAAGAGUUCUCGCAAAAGCAGAAAGAGGGCGAUGAAAGUGCCAAAACUGGGGAGCAAAAGCAAAGGAGUUUCCGCUCAAGUCAACCUGCGCUCAACAAGGAGAGCAACAGUCUGGAGGUCUGCGGCCUUGACAGAUCCAGGCCCGGCUCCUGUGUGGGCAUUUUGAUAUCGCCGUGUGAGCAGAAGCCACUCAGCUCAAGCCAAGAAACAGUGGGCAGGGAUUCGCAGGGAAGUACACUGAUACUGGAUAAGCUGAUCGAUAAGAACAGGCUUCGACCUUCAUCGCCGCCAAAACGGACAAAAUCGUUGAGAUGCUAUCCGCAAGAAGAACCGGCCACUUCACCUCACCUUACCAAACGUAGGUCAAUGAGCACGAUUAUAGUCAGCCCUCCGGAUGAGCCAGAGAAGCCACCUAGCAUAACUCCAACAUUUGGUGUUCAAGUUGGUUCUGCUCCACAAAGAACGAAAUCUUUGAGAUAUGACCCACCUGAAGGCACGGUUACAAAGAAGAGAACUUUGAGUAGCAUCAUCUACAAUCCGAAAGAACAUGGCGACUCUACGCAAGAUGACAACAAAUCAUUACUGGAGCAGAUCACCCAAACGCCAAACCAGUGGCCAGCGAACUUAGAAUAUCAAGUACAUCCAAGUGUUUCAGAACAAAUGCCGAAAGUGUCAACUGUAAGAAGUCUAGCUCUGCAGUUUCAGGAUACUUCAAAACAGACUGAACAGCAAGCAAGUGUUGUAGAAAGAAUAAUGGACACACCCCCACCAGUGCCACCAAAAAUACCAGCCAGAAGGAACCUAUCAGACACAACAGACUACCUUGCUGUGGCCGACGACAGGUUUCUUCCAUAUUACAGAUCGCGGAGCUUUAACGUUCCUGACCGGAAAGCCAAGCCCACGGUGAGCGCAGCCAGAGCGGCCAGCAAUGAAACAAACAUCACUGAAACAUGUGGGACUCCGACAGCAGAGAGAGAUGUGGAGACGAGCAUGGAGCAAACAGAAGGGCAGGGACAAGAUGAGAGUUGAAUAUUGAUACUUUACAGCUGAUGUCAGCAUUCCCUGGGGUGUGAUGCUAACUAGAAGCACUGCUCUGACUGAACCUCUGUUACUCGUUAGACUUAAUCUGAGCUUUAUUUUAACACAGUCUGGCCAGAAAGAGCUGACUUAGGUGGAACUGGUGAGAUGGCUUGUGCUG